CGUCACGCAGCCUCCGCGAUCGAUUGCCGACUGACGCGCAAUGUGUAUGCAGCGUGCAAUGCAAACCAUCAUUACACAGUGCUUUUAUGUGUCUUCAUCGCCCAACAGAAGCAGCGACGAUGUAAUUCAACAAGGGAAAAAACGACAUGGAAAACUAUUCAUAUAAGAAUUUUCGAUGUAUAACUGGCAAGAUACAACAUGUGGAAUUACCUUCAUAAAUGGGGCAGAAAAAGCUCGAGAGACAGACUAUACGACAGUGUCGAUUAUACUCAGCUUACAGAGACUGAUAAUGGAUUUAUAGAUUCACAGCUAAGUCCUCCAUCAAAAAUCCCUUGGAGAACUGUUAUUAUAGCGACACUAUUGUUUUUUAGUGGCACUGUAAUGGUGAUUGUAGGUUGCUUGACAGUAAGUGGCCGCAUUAAUUCAAAGCUUUCUGGUUGGAUGUGGCCAGUAAUUAUCUUAGGUCUUCUAAUGUUCAUACCAGGUGUUUAUCAUGUGAGAGCAGCUGUUAAAACUUAUCGAAAAGCUCCUGGUUACUCCUUUGACGACAUCCCUGAUUUUGAAUAGACGGUUACAGAUAAUAUGGUGUACAUACAUAAUUAAAAUUCAAUUGGAAAUAAAAUUGAAAUACAUCAUUUCUAUAAAACCUUUAAGCAAGGAGUACAGUUCCAAACAUGACAUGAUCACUACUAAAAUUUUUGUAAUUUAAACUAAUAUUUUCAACCUACUAUAAUAUUUGAACAAUUUGUAAGAAGACAUAAAAUUAAAAGCAAUACCACUUUCAUUUACCGUUAAUGUAUUUU